AACAUAAUCACAAGAUGUUGGAUCCAAAUUCCGAUUGUAUAGAUAAUGACAGCAAUUCAGAUAAUGACAUGACUGCAAAUGAGGACAUAACUCAAAAGAUAGACAAUUUUCUUCCAGUUCGUCGUUGGAUACGUGGACAUUAUACAAAAUUGACAAGUAAUAAUGAGACAAAAUGUAAUCAUUGUAAUGUAAAAAUCACUAUACAUAAGAAUCAAAGCUUAGCUUUUCUACAUACACACUUGGUAAAGAGACAUUCAGACAAAUUAAUAGAAGAACAAACGAAGGAAGAUAAAUUCCAUUGGAUUUGGGAUUAUUUUAUUGCAGAAAGCGAUACACAGGCAACAUGCAAACAAUGUGACUUUACUAUUAAGUACAGUUCAACAACUAAUCUCAAAAAACAUUUAAACCGUCACAAGAUAUUCGGUCCAAAUUCCGAUUGUACAGAUAACAACAGCAAUUUAGAUAUUGACAUGACUGCAAAUGAGGACAUAACUCAAAAGACAGACAAUUUUAUCCCAGUUCGUCGUUGGAUACGUGGACAUUAUACAAAAUUGACAAGUAGUAAUAAGACAAAAUGUAAUCAUUGUAGUAAAAAAUUCACUAUACAUAAGAAUCAAUUCUUAGAUUUUUUACAUAAACACUUGGUGAAAACACAUCCAGACAUAUUAAUAGAAGAAGAGAAGAAAGAAGAUAAAUUCCAUUGGACUUGGGAUUAUUUUAUCGCAGAAAGCAAUACACAGGCAAAAUGCAAGCAAUGUGCCUUAACUAUUAAGUACUAUUCAAUAACUAAUCUCAAAAGUCAUUUAAAACAUCACAAGAUAUUGGGUCCAAAUUCCGAUUGUACAGAUAACGACAGCAAUUCAGAUAAUGACAUGACUGCUAAUGAGGACAUAACUCAAAAGAUAGACAAUUUUAUCCCAGUUCGUUCUUGGAUAUGUGAACAUUAUACAAAAUUAACAAGUAAUAAAGCAAGAUGUAAACAUUGUAAUGCAAAAUUCAUUAUACAUAAUAGAUUAGAUACUUUUCAUAAACACUUGGUGAAAACACAUCCAUACAUAUUAACAGAAAAAGAAAAGAAAGAAGAUAAAUUCCAUUGGACUUGGGAUUAUUUUAUCGCAGAAAGCGAUACACAGGCAAUAUGCAAACAAUGUGACUUAACUAUUAAGUACCGUUCAACAGCUAAUCUCAAAAAACAUUUAAAACGUCACAAGAUAUUGGGUUCAAAUUCGGAUUAUGUAGAUAACGAAAGCAAUUCAGAUAAUGACAUGCCUGCAAAUGAGGAUAUGACACUAAAGACAGACAAUUUUAUCCCAGUUCCUAAUUAAAUAUGUAGACAUUAUACAGAAUUAUUAAGUAAUAAUCAGACAAGAUGCAAUUAUUGCAAUGCAAAAUUGGAUAUACAUCCUUAGCUAUUUUACAUAAACACUUGAAGUGAAGGCACAUCCAGACAUAUUAA